CAUGGCACGAUAACCUUAGCUGCUCUUGUUUUAAAUAACAACUCUUCUUUCCCCCAUCUCUUUUCCUUUUCGCUGCCAUUGCGACGCAGCACCGCAGCGAAAAUGGAGGUUCUCAAGCAACUCCUCGAGUACCUCCUCACGCCUUCGACCGAAAUCUUCAUCGUCGGCGCCCUCAUCGUCUUCCUCCUACCGACUAUCGUACACUUCUACAUCGUCAAAACUACGCCCUAUACUUCUCUCCCGUCUAUAUUGCUCGCAGGACCUCCCGCCGGUGGCAAGACCUCUCUCCUCACCCUACUUGAGCGUGGCGACUCCGCUGCCGCUACGCACACCUCGCAGGUUCCCCAGUCUGUCGAACUAACCGUUUCCGAUGAUCACGGCGCUACUACCUUUCGAGAAGCUGCACGUAUCGAUGCCCCAGGAUCCCACCGCAAGUUUUUACUCGUCGACACUCCGGGGCAUGGAAAGCUGCGAAAUCAGCAUGCUAUGACCCAUAUCGCCUCGAAUACGCUGCGGGGCAUCAUAUAUGUGCUGGACGCCGCUAGCCUGGAUGAUGGCUUAGCGGACGCUGCAUCCUUCUUAUACGAUGUGCUCCUCGCACUGCAGAAACGCACGGGCGCCGGGAAGACUUCUAAAGCACCCACCGCGAUCCAUGUCCUUAUCGCUGCGAACAAGUUAGACCUAUUCACCGCUUUGCCCGCCUCCCUCGUCAAGAGCAACCUCGAGGCAGAACUUGGCCGGAUAAGACGGUCUCGAAGCAAAGGGCUGCUAGAUUCGGGGGUUGGCGUGGAUGAGGUCGGGUCCGAGGAACAGGACGAUUGGCUGGGUCAGUACGGCUCCGAGAAGUUUUCCUUCGGUCAGAUGAGGGAGUUCGAUAUCGAAGUUGACGUGAUCGGCGGGAGCGUCCUUGAUGGCAAGGUAGACAAGUGGUGGGAUUGGAUAUCAGAAAGAAUCUAAACGUCGCUUUAAUAUGUAAUAAUCCUGGGUUCGGUGGGCGAAGCAAAAUUGCUGGUUGCUAGCAGUUCGCUUGACCAUGUCUUUCCCCAAGUUCUCUUCAUGUAUAUCUUAUAGAUUCCGCCGAGGGUCUAGCAUUAAUAUCAUAUUGAGUAUUCACGUGAGAUUAUCCCUCGUUAGUCGAGCUUGCGGCUAUACGAGGUGGGCUUUCCAUAUCAUCAUUAAUAGCUGAGGUGCCUAACGUACCUACCUCCUAUUAAAACCUCGGCAGCAGAGUCCGUAUCCCCGAUAUAUUGGAUAUGUAUUAAUGCC